GAGAUGGCGACGCUAGCACGGCAGUCGGGAGCGCACGGCUUCGUAUCGCUUCCUAGGACUCGUUACGGUUACCGCCGCUUCGCGUACGCUUUCCUGCCGCGCUCCGAGGCACUGUCCGCUCUAAUUCGGCCGUUCUCGACGUAUUUUAGGCCUAAGGGGGAAAGGAAUAAACCUGAGCGCCAUAUUGCUUUUUUAAGCCAGCGCUAGCCAUUGCCAGAGGCAGUACCACGGUUUGUAUGAGAAAAGCGGCGUUCCGGUAUUUCCGACCCUGCCAAAGGCCACGGACGCUGUCAGCCGUCGGCAAACGCGGCCUAUGGACGCAAGCUGAAGACAUGUACAAGUUCCUGUUGAUAGCCAACUGCGAACGGCGGCUGCGUUACGCCUACUACUUCUAUCCGGUGGACAAAGCGAAAAGGCCUUCGUUGGAAGCCGCGCUCAUCAAUAAAUGUCUUUCCAGGAAUCAAAACAGCUGCUCAUUUUUCCUGCAUGACGGCUUCAACAUCGUGUACCGCCGGACGGGGCAGCUCAUCGUGAUCAUUGGCACAGAUGACGACGAGAACAACCUUGCCGUGUACGAGUUCGUGCGUGCCUUUAUCCAAGUCCUAGAUGCCUACUUCUCGGGAGUGACUGAAAAGAAGAUCAUUGCCGAGUUCUACAAGCUACACCUCGUCCUUCAGCACAUGGUCAGCAACGGAAGCGUGUCGGAGACCAACGUACAAAACGUCCUGGAACGGUUGAAAGCUUUCGACAACGCCUGAGUGUGGCCUGCAACUUAGUACGAUGUUGUUGCAGCAGGGGAGGGACCGUGUCCUGUGCAAGUCAUCUUCAGAAGUGCGAGCAGGCACUUGCAAAGUUGUCUGCUCGUAAUAGUGCGCGACAGGUCCCUGCUUGUGUGCUCGAGGUCACCCUAUGACAAAGUGAGUUAAGUUACCAGUGAAGUUGGUGCUUGGCUGCAUACACCUUAAAUACGUGCAAAGAGCUUUUUUUUUAGCAUGGACCGUUCUGUACAAAUACGCACAAAAUAAAAAUCGCUGGUAAUUUUGCCAGAUUUUUAAUGCAGCCUCCUU